AUGCCUCUCGCUCUUCUAGGAUCCUACUUGCGAGGCCAGACACCAUCGCCGUCGCCGGUGGACCAGACUGCAAGCAUUGUCGACUCAGCAGCCAAUACGCUUGGCACAACAACACCGCAAAAACAUGUCAUGACUGCAGCCUCCCACAUUCCUUCACGCCCUGCAUCGUCCAGCAGCAGUGCCGUCACCGACGACAAACCCAAGAAACGUGCCCCUCGCGCAAAGACAUGCUAUAUCCUAGCACAACCACCACCAACCGUUAACCCAUACUCGAGACUGCACAUUCGUCCCAAGGUCGUCCUACAGCUGCACCAAGUCCUCGCCUCCGAACGUCCCAAGCCCGUGUACGAGGUUAUCCCCUUCUCGCUUCUCGAGGCCCGAUCCACACGACGUCUGGCCCCGGCCUUCAACACCAGAGAAAGGCUGGGACACAACGACUUGCUGAUUGUCAAGGCAGAGGAGUAUGGAAGCAAGAGUGAGAAGACAAGGUCGGACGACGAGAGGUGGGGAUCGAGAGACGUCAUAGGUGUUAUCUGCCCUGGCAAGGGCGAGAAGGGUGCACCAGGGAAGACAGAAAUAUGUAUGAAUGACGGGAAAAGCCGCUGGGAGGUGACUAGUCUACCUAAUGGUGGCUACGAGUUCAACACCACAAACGAACACGGCCUCGCACUCAAAGCACGAUGGGUCCUCAAACCUGCUCCCUCGCGUCGCUGGUCAGGCGCGUCAGCUGCUUCGCAACCUUCAGCAGGCCUCGAGGACAACAAGAAGUUCACCUUCAGCACCAUCAGCUCCGACUCGAGACGCCAUCCCAUAAUUGCGACCAUGACCCGCACCCGUCUAGACGUGCUGGAUUCGUAUGCGAUACCGCUGACAACGUCACCAUCGACGCCCAGCCUGAUUUCUUCCGCGCAGGAGCCAGUCCUUACACCUGCCAGCAUCGACAUGGACUCUUUCAUAGACAACGCCACCGACCGCCCACCCACCACGACCGACGACGCAUUGCGACAGUUCAUUGUCGCAUCUGGAAUCUGGGUCAUCGCCAAAACCUGGUCCCCAGACUACUCCGCCGUCUUGCCCCCUACUUCCACGCCAUACACCUCAACAUCUCGCCCGUCGUGCAACCGCACAGUAUCCAUGUCGACCCUGGUCACCUCCCGUCCCCCGUCUCCCUCAUCCACCUGUGACGAGAAGCGCCGCUCUUUUCCUAAGCUCCUCAAAACAGGCACACGGAGAUUGAGUUUCGACGCCCCUGAUUCUCCCAUCGGCAGCAUGCGGAAACGCUACGCCCUUGCGUUCGACAACAACACACUCCCUGAAACGGAAGAGGAGAAACAAAGCAAGCGCAGCAUCGAAUUGCUACGAAUAAAAGAACUGGCCCUCCCAUCUAUGCUCGAACGACCUUCCGUCGAAAUAUCAGCACUCGAAACUAAACCCAUCCCUACCCCAGCCGCCACUCCUCUCCCGCCGCCGUCGCCAACACCCCCCGUCUCCGACCCCUCGCGAGCCCGCAAAACUCAAUCCGCAUACAACCCUAUCACUACAGCCGGCAUGUGGGAUUCCGGCAUCACCGAGGGUCCGGGCCUUAAGAAACGCCCAACGAGCAUGUUCGUCAUCAACGAGCGGAAGCGAAAGCAGGAGAAGAAGCGCGGCAGGGGCAAAGAGAUGGAGAUUGUAGUCAAGGAGAAGACAGAGUCCGACUACGGAUCCAAGGCGAAGAACGACUGGAUGCGCUUCAAGAAAAGCGUCAAGGGCCUGUUCAGGAAAUCUACUUGUUGA